AUGCUCAGCCCUACGGGAUUUCCUCGUGCAAAUUCCCCGAAUCUGCCCCCAGCCCCACCACAGAACUUUCAGCAAUUCGGGGGAGGGGCUCCCUCAAACUACAAGUUCCAGUACUCGGCCUGUACCGGUCGCCGCAAGGCUUUGUUGAUUGGAAUCAACUAUGCCGGGCAGCCUAAUGCACUCCGAGGCUGUAUUAACGAUGUCACUAACAUGUCCAACUUCCUCACCCAGAGAUUCGGGUAUAAGCGAGAGGACAUGGUCAUUCUCACCGACGACCAACGGAACCCGAUGAGCCUCCCCACCAAGGCCAACAUUCUACGUGCCAUGCAGUGGCUCGUCAAGGAUGCCCAACCUAACGAUUCCUUGUUCAUCCACUUCUCCGGUCACGGAGGUCGUACUCCCGAUCUGGAUGGAGACGAGGACGAUGGAUUCGACGAUGUCAUUUAUCCACUGGACUACCGCGUUGCCGGCCACAUUGUCGACGAUGAUAUGCAUGACAUCAUGGUGCGUCCACUGCGACCCGGAGUGCGAUUGACGGCGAUCUUCGAUUCGUGCCACUCGGGUACUGCCUUGGAUCUGCCGUACGUCUACUCGACGCAGGGUGUUCUCAAGGAACCCAACCUGGCCAAGGAGGCAGCUCUGGACUUGUUCAGUGCAUUCAAUUCGUAUGGACAGGGCGAUCUUUCCAGUGUCGCCUCGACAGCGAUCGGGUUCUUCAAAAAGGCAGCCAACGGCGGAUCGGCCCGUGAGCGCACAAUUAUGACCAAGACCUCUCCGGCCGACGUGGUGAUGUUUUCAGGGUCCAAGGAUACACAAACCUCAGCCGAUACGUUCCAAGACGGACAAGCGCGUGGUGCAUUGAGUUGGGCGUUUAUCAAAUCACUGCAACAGUGGCCCCAGCAGAGUUACCUGCAGCUAUUAAAUACGAUCCGAAAUGAGCUCGAGGGCAAAUACUCCCAGAAGCCGCAACUGAGCUGCAGCCAUCCUCUUGAUGUCAAUCUCCGCUUUGUGAUGUAA